AAAGCUUUCAGUCAAGGAUCGAUUGGCAACUUUUUCUAUGUCAACUUCAUGAUAAGUGAAUUUUCCUACCUGAAUAUCACAAGCAUUGGGCGGAAUCUUAUUCAAGACGAAAACGAUUGUGGCUACGCCUGUCUAGAAAUUCCUUCAUGUUUUUCCUACAAUGUGGCUGCCUUCCCUGAUGUCAACGGCAAACUUCUUUGCGAACUCCUGCCCUCGGACAAGUUUAACAACUCGGACAAGUUCAACGCCAGCAAUGAGUUUCAUCACUUUUAUAUUCCGGUGAGUCAAACUUCUAAUUAAUCAAGAAUGUUCCUUCUGGGGAAAAUAAAAAGUUUCUUCUUGUUUGUUUGUGUGAUUAUUUUCUUUUGACUCUCGCUAGUUUCGAAAGUUAGCGUUUGUAAAUCAAAAUUUAUCCCUUCGCUUGGAAAAUCUUGAAUGCAGUGGAUUACGUUGUGCUUCAAAUGCAAAGGAAUUGGCUAAUGAGUUUGGAUAAAAAAAUAAAUAAAUUAAAAAAAAAAACCCUUAUAAAAAUUUACAACUAAGUUAAACCAUUCAUCUCUUAAUUUAACCAUCUGCUGAUGCCCAAACAUACUUAUGUUCGAAUGUCCUAAACGUUAGUGAGGGGGGAGUUGCAGACAAAGGACUCGACUGAAAUAUUUUUCGACAAAAAGCGUCGUAAAACACAUUUGUCAUAUCAUGAAUUUUGCUUAUUAUUUGUUUGCACACUUGGCUUGCCUUAAAAGUUACAGAAACUUUUUAAUACUCCUAUUUUAGGCUAAUCUUUUGACGGUUAGACUAUAUCAGCACAACGCCUUGAAAUUCGGUAGCAUCUCUGCAAAUUUCUGGGUAAAUGAAACAGCGUUACUCUCAAAACCUCACUAAAUACUCAACUGAGCAAACCCAGCGGGGAGUGCAAAAGAUAAAAAUGUAUAAUGCUUGCCGUCCUUAAUCAUAUCGAUGUCACCUAAGAAUCGACAUGUAUGUCAAAUUCGUUGCUUUUUGAAUCCAUGAAACAAAGCGAAAGGGAAACAAAGAAAAUUUAAUCCCAAUUUUUGUAGGUUUACAGUAAGCUGAAUUUAAUCCAGGGUUCGUCUCCUUGAAGUAGUUAACCUCAUAUAGUGAAGACAAUGAAUGUCUAUAGUUUUCGUGCUGAAAGUUAACUGAGGCCCCGAAACUUUCUCACUUGCUAGUGCUUUUCUUGUUCUGUUUGGACAUUACUAUGGCAACACAAAGUACCUAACCUGUUAACCUAUGGGAACAUUCAGCAGGGGAAAUUCGUAUCCAUUCAUGAACGUUCCUGACAAUAAAUGAAUUUAAACCAGUAAACUGCCUUGUCGAAACAAUAUUUAUUGUAUCGAGGUCUUCGUUCUUUUCUCACACAAGCGAACCACUUUGACCCUAAUGUUUGCCUGAUUCAAUGGGAUAUUGCCAUAGCAACGCACAUUUAAAGAUAGGACUGCCACCUGUAACUGAUGAACCGUUCGUGUUUUGUUAUUAUGAAGAAAGCAGCUUUUGUUAUUGUGUCACAAGAAAUACAUGAUACUAGCGGUAGAAGUGCUACACUAUGAACUAGCAAACAUCAAAUUUUCAAAAAAACGGAGACAAUAAUUAAGGGACGUAUCAAAGUCUGCUUUGCAUUUGUUAGAGCUGCGCAAAAUUCCCGUUACUUGAUCUCAUUUUAUUAUUUCCAUUUUUCUUUUUACCUUUUCUUUCUUCGUCCUUAUUUCGAGAAACACCUCGAUUUUUGUAGCCUGUUAUAUAGGCUCCGAGAUAGUAGUGCAGCGGGAGCAGGGACAGAGAAGACCAUUUUUUCCCACCGCUAUCCCCUUUUCUAGAUCGCGUAUUUUUAAAUAGGUUUGGUCCUUUUAUCUUACCGAGACGUCCGUACUCUGAGAUCCUACUCAGUAUACCCGUAAGUUCAACAUGGAUGAUUGAAAACAAGCUUAAAAUUUCGAAUUAAUUAGGUUUGCAUAAAAUCUAGUACACAACUUACUGACAAUUUGUUACCCCCACUUUUUAAAACAACUUUACCAAAUUUUAACAGUAUUUAAUUUUUUUUAAGAAAAUAAGACAAAAAGUAAGCAUGUUCAACAGUUAAGCACUCGUUGAGCGCACGUUACAUAUAUAUAUCAAAGGCGACAAAAGCAGAUAAGAAUAAUUUUUUACUGACAAUAACUUCUCGUCAUUUUUCUACUAAGCGUCUCCUCGUACUUUUUGUUCACUUAUUGGCUGCAUACCUCCUCCUGAUAAAAAUGUUAACAUUCGUACAGUUAGUACUUCUAAAGAAACUGUGUUCAGCCUCCUUAAAAGCACACUGAAAGUCAGGAGGGAAGAAUUGUGCCCGAAAAAGACGUUUUAAUUCUUAGAAUGCAAGAAAAUGCAAUUUAAUUGGACAAAUAAAUUUACAAAGUAUAUUAGAAAUAUAAGAUGGAAUUUCAUUAGAAUUCAUAGAAAAACGCAGAAAAAAGGCAUUUAAAAGAUAUCCUGACCAGAUACGAAAGAAGCAAAGCAGUGGCUCUUAAUGCCAACGUCAGGCUACUCGCCGAUAUAAUUAUAUUUGCAGCCUGUUCAUCCUACAAAAGCUGUGUCAGAAGAAUGCAUCGACCAGAAGCAACUAGCUGAGAAUACAGGCUAUGAACUCAAUCACUGCGGCAAUUAACGCAGGCAUUAGAUAUAGCUUCUGUUCUCGUUCAGCAAAACCAGCCGGCGGCUCCCUGAAACAAUUUGAUGACCAAGCGAGUUAAAUUCAUUUAAUUACACGAGGUUAUUGCAAGCUAACCGAAGGGAAUUUUAGUUUGGAGCUGCGCUAAAAAUGAAAUUCAAACUACAAAUCAUCAGUGAUCAUUUUAGGUGCCGAGAAAGGAGAAUCCUGAUGAUUUUUGAAAGUGUUAACCGCUAAGAUGUUUUAUUUAUUUAUGUAUUUAUUUUUCAUUCAGUCAGUCCGUUCGGUUAGACUGAGAUAUGACUCAAUGACAGCAGUUUGCUAGCCUGAAAAGUGGAGGUGCAUUGUGUUUUCUCAUUUGUAGCUAGUGACAAAAUAAAGUCCGGAAGAUUCAUGGAUAUUUUGGGGGCGUUUUUACUAAAUAAAACAAUUAUUCAACUCGCACUUGUUUCGUGGAGAUGAUUAUAGCCAACCAAUACCCAACAACCAGCAGGUGGAAUAAUUGUGUUACUUACUGCUACAUGUAACUAAAACUUGGGGCUCAAUAGCUGAAUUUGCCGUAAAUUCAGCAUACGUCUAAUAUAGAUAAAUAAUAUGCGUCACGCUCAUUACUGGAUAUUUUGACUUUACCAUCGAAAAUCGUCUUUACUUACAGCCGUAUCCUUUCCUCUCUGUAGUCUCCUUGUGAUAGUUCGCCCUGUGAGAACACUGGAAAAUGUAUUCCGUUGUACCAGGAAAAUGGAUAUAAGUGUAUCUGCGUGGAAGGAUUCACAGGAAAAGACUGCGAAACGAGUAAGAAAUACUGA